GCCAGCCGGCAGCCCACCGCGAAGAAGCCCCCGGCGGCAUGAGGGGAGAGGAGGCGGUGACCGCGAUGGCGGUGCCCGAGGCGGGCCGCGACGGGGAGCAGUCUCGGCCGCCCGCGGGCCUGGGGUGCGGGGCUCGCGGGGAGCCCGGAGGCGGCGGCUCCCGCAAGCAGUGGAAGAAAUUUUUAUAUUGUGAGCCACAUAAGAGAAUUAAGGAAGUACUGGAAGAAGAACUUUAUUUUAAGAGAGAUGAAUGUCACAUUAAACAUCCACCUGCAGUGGCCCUGGAAGGGAUUUGGAGCAUUAAAAGGAAUCUCCCUGUGGGAGGCUUGAAGCCAGGACUGCCGAGCAGAAACAGUUUACUGCCACAAGCCAAGUACUAUUCGAGGCACGGAGGGCUGAGAAGAUAAGAUGAAUAACUUUUCCAUUGAGAAGAAACCUCUUUCUCCUGAUGUCUGAAAAAACAGAAGAAAUACAUGUUUGUUUCACAGUUUAGAUGUGUUAAAAAAAAAGUAUAUUAGCCUGCAAUUCCUAUUAUUGGUAUUAGUUCCUGUCUAUAAAUGAGUCCAAAGCAAUGAAAGACUAUUGGUAAAGUUUGCUAAGCACCUGAAAACCAUGGAGGAAAAUAUAUUUAUUUUUAGUUGUCACAGUUGGAAUACAUUGGGCUUCUAACUCAGCUUAUUUUAUUAAAUAUGUCAAAUAUGAU